AGAAGAAACUCCCAAAAUGGAGACGCCGAUGAGAAUCCGACCAAGAAGGCAGGGCAUGGCAAUCCAGACCUCCGGUCACUUGUUCCUCACAACUAGCGAGGCCACCAAGCAGACCCUUUGGCUCAAAGAUUCAAAGGAGAAUUGGGACCAUCAAUCGGAGAGCUGUGAGGUUUUUCUCCUUACCCCAAGCAGCAGCAUCAAUAUUGAAUGAGGGACUCUGGUGGGACUUGUAUCCUUUAUGGGAGAUAUGGUGAGACAACAUAAGAAGAAAAGAGACCAGUUAGUCCUCCAUUUGAGAAGAGUGAGAGAAAGCAGCGAUCUUGAUGGCAACCAGAGUAAAGCUACCCUCUUUUCUCAAAAUUGUUCCUGGUCAUCAGUUCACUAACAAGCUGAAAAUCCCAACAGAAUUUCUCCAGCAUUUCCAUGGAAACGUGCCUCACCAGUGCCAACUUCAAACCGCAGCCCGAACUUGGCUUGUUCAUGUGGAAGUGGUCAAUAACAAGUUCUAUUUCCAGGAGGGGUGGAAUGCAUUUCUGCGACAGAAUGGCUUAAAAUACGGGCAACUUCUAGUCUUCCAUUAUGCUGGAAACUCACACUUCCAUGUGGAUAUCUUUGGAAAAAAUACAUGUGGAGAGUUGUUUGUAAUGGCUGAAACAGAAGAAGCUGAUGAAGAAGAUUAUGAUGUAUCUCUUGAGAUCACAGACGGCUCUCCAGUUUCAAGUCCUCUGCCUCGAAAGAAGUACAAAACAAGUUCGAGUGUGAAAGAAAGAGGAGGCACCUCCAGCUCACAAAGAUUCAUAGAAAAGGAUCUGUGGGGAGCUCGCAUCAGAGCUGAAGAAUUCAAAUUAAAAAACCCUUCUGCUUUCUUGGUUUCCAUGAAGCCCUCCUACAUCAAGUAUAAAUUUGUGUGGUUGCCAGCAGAGUUCACCAUGCUAGUGAAGCCUCGUAUUGAGAACUCUGGUGAUGUUAUUCUUCGGGUUUCAGAUUGGAGUGUGAGAACUUGGCGGGCCAAAUUGACUUGUGAUAAUGUUUCUACCAACAGAUGCAAAUUACAUGGUAGUUGGUCUGAAUUUAUGCGAGAUAAUAAUUUGAAAGAAGGUGAUCUGUGUGCAUUUAUGUUGAUUAAAGACAUCAGAGUUAUAAUCAAUGUUGUCAUUUUUCACACAAAAGAAGCAGCAAAUCGCACCUUAUCACCAGACAUUUCUGAUAAUGAGGAUCAUGAGAAUGAUGAGGAGGGUGAUGAUGAAAGUGAAGAUGAAGAAGAAACUGAAGAUGAGGAGGAGGGAGAUGAUGCUUCUAGUGAAGCACUUAACUAUGUUCCACCAGGCUCAAGAACAAUAGCUUCGAGGCUUCACAAGAGAAGGAAAAACUGGACAAGUUCUAUUGUUAAAGCACCACGCUUGUCUAGAGACGAAAAGAUCCUAAAUGCUAUAGCUCUAAAAAAAGCUAAUGCUUUCCAAUCUGAGUCUACCCACCAUUCUUUUGUGGUUUCCUUGUGUGCCUCAUAUGCCGGUGGAAGUUAUCUGAGUUUUCCACGCACUUUUGCUGAGAGACAUAUUAUUAAUGGGCGCCCUAAUUAUGUCAUCCUUCGGGUUAAUUGGAGCUUUCUUGUCAAUUCUAAAAAAAAAAGGAGCUUUCUUGUCAGGGUCAAUUAUAUUGAGAGGACAACCAGAUUACAAGCUGGUUGGUCUGAAUUUGCGUAUGUCAAUAAUCUGAAAAUGGGCGAUGUUUGUGUCUUUGAGUUGACCAAUACCAAAAAGUUUGAAUUUGAAGUUGAAAUUUUCCGCAUGACAGAUGCUGUCUGCACUUCAUCACAGGGGAAAGGAAAACAGCUGAGGACUGAGUCGAUCAACUCAAGAAUUAAGACAGAAAUCCAGAUAGAUUGAGUAGAAUUGUGUACCCUCAGUCGGGAAAUUGGAAUGUCUAGCUGCCAUGAUGCUUCUCUCCCUUAAUGCUUACAUAUAUUUUUUCUAGUUUUCAACUGCCAUAUGAAGAAUGUAGACCUAAUUCUACCAUACUUUGAGACUCACCUGGUGACGUUAUUUGGUCACCAAUCAUGAACCUAUUAUGUUUACUAUUUAGCAGUUAAACAUCUUCAAGAGAUUUGCUGCAACUUGGAGCAUAUUAUC